AUGAAACGUAGACAGCGAUCAUUUCAACUUUAUCUUCGAUUAGCACGUGGUCGAUAUAAGAAGUUCAUUACAACAGAUGAAGCUUGGUUUUAUUUAGAUGGAACUGGUGGAAGAAGAAAAGUAUGUUAUAUAAAAAAAACUGAUCCCGAUUAUGAUCGAAUGAUUAUUCAACAAAACACUUCACGACCAAAAGGUUUUAUGGUAUGGGGAGGUGUAUCAAGUCAAGGAAAAACUGCACUUCGUUUUGUUGCACCUGGUACAAAAGUUAAUUCAAAUUAUUACGUUAACAAGGUUUUAAAGCCAUUUUUAGCACAAGAUGUUCCACGUUUAUUUUCAAAAAGACGAAAAAUGAAAUGGUUUCUUCAUCAAGAUUCGGCACCAAAUCAUACUGCCGAACAAACAAUUAGAUUUUUGGACCAAAACAAAAUUCAUUAUUUAACACCACAAGAAUGGAUGCCUGCUAGUCCUGAUGCUGCACCAAUGGAUUAUUCAAUAUGGGGGUAUUUGAAACAACAACUGAAUAAAAUUCAUAUUGAUUCUCUUGAUGAACUUAAAAAAAAACUUUUGAGUGAGUGGCGAAAGAUGAGUCAGACUUAUAUCGAUAAAGUAUUAGCUUCCUGGCCAAGGAGAGUUUUAAUGACAUAUAAAGCUCGAGGCUCUCAUAUCGAACAUCGUUUAUAA